AUUUCGUUUUUCAGUUUGAUUUAUAUUUUGUACAGCUGUGAGUAUUGUUAUUACUUGUAGAUUCAAGAAAAUAUCAUGAACAUCUUGCCGUCUUUAAUUCGACCACCGAUUUUAAGUGCUUUCCGGCAUACUGAACAUUCGGUGGUACUUCGAAAAAUUUACACAGCCCAACAACUCUCGGUGGAUAAAUAUUUAAAAGAUCGACAACAUAUAAGAAUGUCACUGCAGGACGAUUCGAUAAAAUUGAAAAAGGCUAAGUUGAAGAAUAUAAUUAAAAUGCCGGCGAUUCCAUCGAGCCAAAUUGUCAAUCAAUUAACCGAAUUUAUGCAUUUGAUUGAUGAUACCGAUGAUGAUUUUCGGUUGCUGGAACAAGCAUUGAAUAAACUCAAAAGUGCUCAAACGGAAAAUCUACGGAAAUAUGCAAUUGGACGAAUUGUCAUGAAAACGCUUUAUCACUUUAAAAAAGAUCAGCUGGCGAUAAAGUUUUACAAUGAUGCGAAUUUUCGUGAUAAAUUCUUUGGAAGUAAACAAACACAUUUAAUAUUUUUUGACCUACUAUACAAGCAUAGCGAAUACACAGAAUUAUUAAAACAUUUUGAAGAAUUGAGAAAGCAACUAGAUUCGAAACAGCAGAUAAUCACACGAAGUAUAUAUGUGUUAAUAUUUGCUGUUUGUUACCAGCAGAACACCGAAGAGUCUUUUAAAUAUGCACAAUCAUUGAAUGAACAAUAUGAUAAGAAAAUAACGCAAGCCCAUUGUAUAUUUUUGUCAGCAUUGGCCUUAAAUCAAAAUGCUCCACAUUUGACAAAUCAAUUUCUGUCGACACUCUGGCCAUCGGCGCACGAGGCAAUCAUUAGCUUACGUUUGCUUGCAUUUUUAAAAAUGCAUAAAUUUGUGGAUGUAUUGCAAUUUCUACGGUCUAUAUUACUGAUUUAUGACAAUAAUAAAACACCAAAAACUGAUGUGAUUUCAAAUGAAGCGAUUGAAAUGGCUGGACAAGUCUUUGACGAAUCUUGCCAAGACGAGAGACUCCGAAAUGAUUUUCAACAGAUGCGAGAUAAUUUACAAACACAUGGCUAUUGUGUUGAAAAAACUAUAAACAAGAUGAUUUUUGAACCAUUCCGUGAGGCAAAGAUGACCACCUUGAAUUAUGAACGUCUUUCAAUUCAAAGCGAAUUCAAUCAGUUCUUUUGAUGUCAACAAUUGAUGCAAUACAUUUUGUACAAAGUAGUUUUUAGGAUGACACCAAUUUUACGAAGUGUUCGACUUCAAUUGGGAGCCAGACUCGAUGUUUGUAUAAAACCGAUAAUGAAAACGAGGUCCGCGAUUUUUUAUCUAUCUUGAAUUUUUUAACUCGGCUUUGAUCGGUCAUGACCAUUGACCACGGUCAGUUAAAAUGUUUCAGUUAACAUGAUACAACGACAUAAAGAUGUAUUAAUGAAAUGUUUUCAAAUCCAAAAAAUUCGAUCGAUAUCUGCUGUAUUUUUUUCGAGCAAAAAAAAAAACUAAUUAAAAAUC